AUGCAGAACUCUGCAGCCAGGACCUACACCCAGAGUGCUGUGAGGAUGGGUGUGGUCCUGGACCCGGCUCUUACCUGGGAGGUCAGGUACUCCAUCGAGGCUGGGAACAGCGAGGGCAUCUUCCAGGCUGAGGACCUGGUGCUGGGGGACUUCAGCUUCCUGAGGGUGCAGACUAACGGAGGCAGUGGAGGUACCUUGAAUCGGGAGGUGCAGGACAAUUAUACACUGACGGUGCGGGCCACAGCACAAGGUGGGCUGGAGGCCUUCACCACCGUCUUCGUCAACAUCCUAGACAUGAACGACCUUCGACCUCUGUUUGCCCCGACCUCCUACUCCUUCGUGGUCCCCGAGGGCUCUCCGCUGGGCGCCAGCGUUGGCAGGGUAACGGCCACGGACGCAGACGUCGGAUCCAACGGGCAGUUUUACUACUUCUUCAGGGAGCGUGUGAAGCUGUUCUCGGUGCACCCCACCAGCGGGGUCGUGACCCUGACGGGCCAGCCAAUAACGGGGCAGCGGAUGGAGCUGGAGGUACGAGCGGUGGACCGAGGGAUAAAGCUCUACGGGACCAACGGGGUCAGCAGCACCGCUAAGGUGGUCCUGACGGUUGAACGGGUGAAUGAGUUUUCUCCGGUGCUGUCUAUGGUGGCCCUGGUGCCAUCGUGGUUGGACCAAGACCCUGUGUUUGCUGUGGUCACGGUGGAGGACCAGGAUGAGGGGGUGUGCGGGGACAUCGAGUGGGUCUCCAUCGUCGAGGGGGACCCACUGGAACAGUUUAAGGUGGACCGCUCUCCGGUCGGGAACGAGUACAAGGUGAAGACGUCAGAGCCCGUGGACUGGAAGAAGUUUCCAUAUGGUUGUAACCUGACCCUCCAGGCUAAAGACAGAGGAACCCCUCCUCUGUUCUCCAACACUCAGGUGGUCCAGGUGUUAGUUAGAAAACCUCAGGCUCUCCAGGUGAGAUUUGAUAAACAGCUCUACCAGGUGAGACUGAGUGAGAUAGCGCCGCCUGGCACCAUCAUAGUGGAAGUGCGGAUCACCCCAGGCCCUCCCAACGUCAACUACAGCUUCAGCCCCUUCUCUGCCUCACCGUACUUCCUCAUCAACCCUCUGACCGGGGUCAUCACUACGACAACCCCUCUGACCAGCCUAUCGCAGGACGUCGUGGAGCUGGAGGUGUUGGAGCAGGGCAGUAAACUCAGAACCAGGGUCCAGGUCACCAUAGAGGACGCUAACGGCAACACGCCCACGUUCGCCAGGCCGGCGUACGACGUGUCAAUCGAAGAGACCAUGCCGGUCGGCACGGUGAUCUUGGUGGUGUCGGCGGUGGACGAUGAUAAAGGGGAGAACGGGUGUAUCACCCACAGCAUUGCUGGACUUCAGGCGCUACCCUUCACCAUAGAUCAGGACUCAGGAGAGCUGAGGACCACUAGAGAGCUGGACUACGAGACGUCAUCUGAUCUCUACAUGUUCUCCGUCCGGGCCUCAGACUGGGGUUCUCCAUACCGGCGGGAGAACGAGGUCAACGUGACAGUGCGCCUCAUCAACGUAAAUGACAACAGACCUUUGUUUGAGAGGGUUGGCUGCCGAGGGAUGAUCGAACAGGACUUCCCUGUAGGCCAGAACAUCGUCACCAUGUCAGCUGUGGACAUAGACGACCUGGGGCUGGUUAAGUACAGGAUCCUGUCAGGUAAUGACCUGGACUACUUCAACCUUAACCCAGAUUCUGGUGCCCUGGCCUUGAGGAGGUCCCUGGCCUCCGCUAACCUCAAGACGGUUGUCUUCAACCUCAAGGUGGAGGCGACGGACGGAGAGCUGUUCUCGGAGCCGAACUACGUCAACGUGACGGUGGUCCGGGGUGGGAUGCCGUCUCGUAGUGUCACCUGCAGAGAGACAGGAGUGGCCCAGAGCCUGGCAGAGCUGGUACUACAGAAGGCUACGGUGCUGCGGAGACCCAGGGUGGAUGAGGGGUACACAGACCUGUUCUCAGCCAACAGACUGACGCCUCAGUUUGAGUCGUUCCCCUCCAGUAUUGUGGUCAGGGAGGAUCUGGCCAAGGGGGCGAGUGUCUUUCAGGUGAGGGCAACAGAUGACGACACGGCCUUCAACGGUCACAUCCUGUACGCCAUCUCCAACGGCAACAGAGACAGCUGCUUCGACAUCGCCAUGGAGACGGGCCUGAUGACAGUGUUCCUGCCGCUGGACCGCGAGCGGUCUGACCGUUACGUCCUGAACGUGACCAUCUACGACCAGGGUCUGCCUCAGCGUUCCAACUGGAGGCUCCUGACCGUCAACGUAGAGGACGCUAACGACAACGAGCCUGUGUUCGCCAAGGACAGCUACAGCGUGGUGGUCCCUGAGAACACAGCGUUGGGUACUGAGGUGGUGCAGGUCGUUGCUGUAGACAGAGACCUCGGCUCCAACGGAGAGGUCUCCUACUCGCUGCUCACCGCCGUGCCGCAGUUCAGCAUCAACAGCAACACAGGGGUAGUGGUCGUGUCGGGGCAACUCGACCGGGAGACCAUCCCAGCGUUUAGCCUGAAGGUGGAGGCCAGGGAUAAGGCGGAGAGAGGGACCCAGCGGUUCAAGGUGACAACUCUGAGUAUAACACUAGAGGACGUUAAUGACUGCCCCCCGAUGUUUGUCCCUGGGAGCUACAGCGCCCGUGUCCUGGAGGACCUGCCACUAGGGGCAGUCAUCGCCUGGCUGCAGACCCAGGAUUCAGACCUCGGACUGGGGGGACAGGUCUCCUACGCUCUGGCCAAUGACGGAAACGGCAUCUUCGAGGUGGAUGCAGUGAGCGGCGCAGUGAGGGUGGGGAAGAGGCUGGACUAUGAGAGACAGCAGAUCUACAACCUGACUGUAGUGGCCGAGGACAGAGGGACACCUAUCCUACGCUCUCUAUCUUACCUGGACAUAGAGGUGGUGGAUGUGGAUGAGAACCUGUUCUCUCCAUACUUCUCUGAGUUUGCUGUGCGGGGCAGUGUGAAGGAGAACAGCAGAGUAGGGACCAGUGUCCUGGUGGUCAGUGCUAGAGAUGAGGGGGGAGACAGGGUCGUCAGGUACUCUGUCAGAGGAGGCAGUGGGAUCGGCAGCUUCUCCAUCGAUGAGGAAACAGGUUUGAUCUACACUACAGGUAUUCUGGACUGUGAAACCAAGUCGUCCUAUUGGUUGACGGUCCACGCCACCACUCGCGGGAUCACGCCCCUCUCCGCCUCCAUUGAGGUCUUCAUCCAGGUAGAGGACGUGAACGAUAACUCCCCCUUGACCUCCGACCCCAUCUAUCACCCCGUCGUCAUGGAAAACUCUCCCAAAGAUCUGUCCGUCAUCCGUAUCCAGGCGCAGGACCCCGACUUCACCGCCAUGCCCGGUCGCCUUAGUUACCGCAUCACCGCCGGCAACCCACAGAACUUCUUCUCCAUCAACUCCAAAACAGGUCUGAUAACAACAACAUCGAGGAAACUGGACAGAGAGCAGCAAGCAGAGCACUUCCUAGAGAUAACGGUUAUGGACAGUCCGGUAAUGUCCCGUCUCUCCACUGUGUGGGUCAUAGUCCACAUCCAAGAUGAAAACGACAACAUCCCCACAUUCACCGAGUCCGUCUACCGGAUCAGCCUACCGGAACGCGACCGGAACAAGCGCGGUGAACCCAUCUAUCGGGUGUUUGCGUCCGACCUCGACCUGGACACCAACGGCAACAUCACAUACAGUAUCGUCGGGGGUAACGAUGAUGAGAAGUUCAGCAUUGACCCGCUGACCGCAAUGGUGUCGUCACACAAGAUGGUCACGGCAGGAAGCUCCGACAUCAUCACCAUAAAGGCCCUAGAUGGUGGAAGCCCUCCUCUAUGGUCUACAGUAAAGCUCCAUAUGGUGUGGGUUCGUAAGCCUGUUCCCUCUCUGCUGCCGCUGGUGUUCUCCCAGCGCUACUACAACUUCUCCGUCUCUGAGGCCACAGCUGUAGGUCAGCCUGUAGGACUGGUGUCUGUACGACAGACGGACACACCACUCUGGUUUGACAUCAUAGAGGGGAGCUACGACAGUGGCUUUGACGUCCAGCAGGGCAUGGGUACUGUGGUGAUAGCCAGGCCGCUGGACGCUGAGGGUCAGUCGCUCUACAACCUGACGGUCAUGGUCACUGACGGUACCAACACAGCUAACACACAGGUCUUCAUCCGUGUUCUUGACAGUAAUGACAACCCUCCCGUCUUCUCUCAGCCUACAUAUGACAUUAGCGUGUCAGAAGACAUGCCGGCCGACACAGAGCUGUUGCGUGUGCGAGCGUCAGACGGUGACGAGCGUGCACGUCUUAGCUACUCCAUCCACAGUAGUGUAGAUCCAGCCAGUAUGAGGCUGUUCAAGAUUAACCCUGGGACUGGAGUGGUCUACAGCGCUGACCGACUGGACUACGAGGCUAGGACACAACACAUUCUGACCAUCAUGGUAAAGGAUCAGGAGUUUCCGUUUAAACGUGAUCUGUGUCGUAUCCUGGUGGCGGUUGAAGACAUUAAUGAUAACGUGCCGUACUUCAGCAGUACUGUGUAUGAUGCUGUAGCCUACGAGUCAUCUCCUCCUGGAUCACCUGUCCUCCAGGUAUCGGCUCUGGACAGAGACAACGGGCCAAACGGACUGCUGCAGUACUCUAUAGAAGCAGGUAACACGGGAGCAGUGUUUGCUAUCGAUGCUGCCACUGGUGUUAUCUCCGUAGCGAGAGACCUGGACCUCUCGUCCGUAGGAUAUUACAUCAUCACCGUGCGCGUCACUGACAGCGGCACGCCCCCCCUCACCGCCACUGCUACGGCACGUGUUUCCCUCACUCUCUCUGACUCCUCCCAGCCCAAGUUCAGCCAGAGAGAAUACCAGGCAGAGGUGAUGGAGAACUCUGCCACAGGAAGGUACGUCACAAUGGUGUCCGCCCUGAGUCGCUCUGCGCUGGUUUAUGACAUCACCGCCGGUAACCACGAACGCCAUUUCGCCAUCAACCGUCACACUGGAGUCAUCACCACCCGCAAGGCACUCGACUUCGAGCGUACAGGUUCCUACUCUCUAGUGGUGCGUGCAUUGAGCAUGGCUGGAGUGGAGACCAGUGCUACAGUCAGUGUCCAGGUGGGAGACCAGAACGACUGUCCACCUGUGUUCCAACAGCUCAGGUACGUAGGUGUUAUCAGCGAGGCUGCACCGGUCAACAGUGUGGUCCUGGCGGAGGACGGUAAUCCUCUGGUCAUACAGGCUUCGGACCGUGACCGUAACCUGAACGCCCUGCUGGUGUUCAACAUCAUAGAUGAGACCGCUAGAUCCUUCUUCACCGUGGACUCUGGGACCGGGUCCAUCAGAACCAUCUCUACUUUGGACUACGAGACGUUCUCUGCCUUCUCCUUCCGGGUCCAUGUGAGGGACAGUGGGAGACCCCAGAGAACAGCAGACAACCCAGCUCAGGUCCAUAUCAAGGUGGUCAACAUCAAUGACUCUCCUCCUAAGUUCUCCCAAGAUUCCUAUGAAACAGUCCUCCUCCUCCCCACCUACCCCGGAGUCGAGGCCCUGAGGGUCACGGCCUUUGACCCAGACCUGACGCCCGACCCCGACGUGACCCCUGCUGACCUCUCUGUGACCUCUGCCCUGGUGUACACCCUGGCUGACCGGAACCUCGAACACUUCUCCAUGGAACGUUCCACUGGCGUUCUCACCGUCAAGAACCGCAACCUCUCCAAAGACCGCUAUCGCUUCAACGUCAAGGUGUGGGACGGUCGUUUCUCCAGCACAGUGUUAGUAACCAUCCUGGUCCGUGAAGCGAUGGACAGCGGCCUCCUCUUCUCCCUCCCCAUCUACUCCUCCUCCGUCGCCGAGAACGAUGGCAACAUCUCCAUAGUGACCGUGGUGAACGCAGUGGGGCACCGGCUUAACGAGCCGCUGAAGUACACGCUGCUGAAUGCCGGCGGUCGUUUCACGGUGCGCCCGACGUCCGGGGUGGUCCUGACCAUGGGAAUACCGUUUGACCGCGAGGAGCAGGACAGCUAUGAACUGGUGGUCGAAGCCAGCAGAGUGUACGACCGACUGAGGGUUGCUAGAGUUACUGUCAAGGUUCAGGUGGAGGAUGUGAAUGACAAUGCUCCGGAGUUUGUUGACCUGCCGUACUACGCUGCUGUCCAGGUGGAAUCAGACCCAGGCUCCGUGGUGUAUAAGGUCUCAGCAUCAGACAGAGACUCUGGGCUCAACGGUGAUGUCAUUUACAUGCUGAAAGAGGGGCACAGGAACUUCCAGGUGGACCCUCUCAGAGGUGAACUGAUCCUCAAGCGCUCCCUCGAAGCCGACCUGUCCAACGCUGAAUACAAACUCACCAUCGUAGCUCAAGAUGGCGGCUCCCCUUCCCUGUCCAGUGAGGUGGAGCUACCGGUCACUAUCAUGAAUAAGGCCAUGCCGGUGUUUGACAAGCCUUUCUAUGGCAUCACAGUGAGGGAGGAUGUCCCCGUGUCCACCCCGGUCCUGUAUAUCAAUGCUACCAGCCCCCAGGGACAGAGUGUUAUAUACACUGUCAUGGAGGGAGACCCUUCACUACAGUUUGACAUGGGCUUUGAUAGCGGUGCGAUCCGUGUCAGCUACCCGUUAGACUACGAGACCACACCAUACUACCGAUUAACGGUGAAGGCUACGGACACGCAGACUGGUGCAAGGUCGGAGGUCGAUGUGGACAUCGCCGUGUUGGACGUUAAUGACAACCCUCCGCUUUUCCAGAACGUCUCAUACUCCACCACACUGCCCGAGAACUCCAUGAUCGGCACUCCAGUAUUACAGGUGUUGGCGUUGGACAGUGACUCAGAGCGUAACUCGUUGGUUCGUUACCAGAUCCUGUCAGACAUCUACAACAGUACCGACUUCUUCCACAUCGAUAGCAGCAGCGGACUGAUCCUCACCGCACGCACACUCGACUACGAAACCAUGCAACAAUACACCUUCAUCAUCAGGGCAACCGACAGCGGCGACCCUGCCCUGAGCAGCGAGGUCAAUGUCAUGGUUUUGGUUACAGACACCAACGACAACCCUCCUUCCUUCAGCCAAUCGCUGUACGAAGUGUACUUAAGCGAGCUGGCCCCCAGGGGACAGUUUGUGACCUGCGUCCAAGCCUCUGACGCUGACAGCUGUGAUGCAAAUAGACUCAGGUACAAUAUCCUAUCCGGUGAUGAGCGGAUGGUGUUUACGAUGGACACAGAGACGGGGUUGAUAUCUCUGUCCAAUCAGAGAAGACAGGGGAUGAGGGCUUCCUUUAGGCUCAACGUGUCUGUGUCCGACGGGGUCUUCACCAACACCGCUGAGGUCAAUGUGUAUGUGUUGGGAGCAAACCUCUACAGUCCAGUUUUCAGUCAGAGGUUCUACCUGGCGGAGACCAGAGAGAACGCACCUGCUGGAUCCAGAGUCAUACAGGUGCGUGCUACGGAUGAGGACUCAGGUCUGUUUGGUCAGGUGACCUUCACGUUCAUCAACGACUUGGGGAAGAGUAAAUUCAGCAUCGACGCUAAAGGCCUCAUCACCACCGCACAGAAACUAGACCGUGAAAACCCUAGCAACAAGGACAUAGUCCUCACCGUCAUGGCCCUUGACGGAGGAGGUCGUGCAGCAUUCUGUACAGUCCGUGUUGUGUUGACUGAUGAGAAUGACAACGCCCCUCGGUUCAGGGCGGUGGAGUAUCGUAUGAGCAUCAAGUCCAAUGUGGCUAAAGGAUCCUUGGUUACCCAGAUCCAGGCCUCAGACCUUGACGCUGGACCCAAUGGACGGGUCAUCUAUUCCCUGUACAGCGAGGCCCGCCUGCCCCUGGUUGACGUACUGGAGGUGGAGCCAGACAGUGGUUGGAUGGUGACGAAAGGAUCUCUUCUCCAUCUCCAGGGAACCAUCCUAUCCUUCUUUGUCAAGGCUACAGACCGUGGCUCCCCGGCAAAACAUUCUCUGGUCUCAGCCUUCAUCCAUGUCCUCCCCCCGGAUGCCCUGGUCCCCUCCUUCACCCAGCCUCAGUACUCCUUCACCAUACCAGAGGACACACCUGUGGGCACAGCCCUGGGAAACAUAUACCUGGCCCCAGGACAGACUGGGGCUUACACCGCUGUGGGCGGAGAGACUCCCGACAGCAACCAGGAAGGUACGUUCCUGGUGGAGAGAGAGACGGGUCUGGUCCGGCUGACCAAUCCUCUGGACUAUGAACUGGUCAGCAUCUUCAGGUUUAAAGUCUCAGCUACGACUCGACGAGACCUCAUAGAGUCCAUCUCUACUGUCGACGUGGAGGUGAAGAUUCUGGACAUAAAUGACAACAAGCCAUUGUUCGAGACCAGUUCCUACGUUGCCAUGGUGAUGGAGGGGAUGCCCGUGGGUACCAGGGUGGUCCAGGUGCGGGCGCUCGACCCUGACUGGGGCUCAAACGGACAGGUCACCUAUAGCUUGGGUCCUCCACUUAACCAGAUCCAGGAGAACAGAUCAGACCGCACCUCAGCCGGUUCCUCAUUUGGUAUUACUGGUACCAGUACUGGUUCAACUAGUUCCACUGGUACCGGACCAGUGUUCUCCAUUGACAGUAAAACGGGCUGGAUCACAACCCUGUCGGUUCUGGACCAUGAGGCUGGACCCAGCUACACCUUUGUGGUGGUGUCUUCAGACCUGGGGGAGCUGCUACAACUAUCCUCUACCACUGUCGUCACGGUGUCUGUAGCAGAUGUGAAUGACAACCCUCCGCGAUUCGAGAGAGAGUUUUACAGGGGCGCGGUCAGAGAGAGUGACCCACCAGGAGAGGUGGUGUCUGUCCUCAGCACCAAGGACGGAGACACCACGGAUAAAAACAAACUGGUCAGCUACCACAUCACAGGUGGUAACCCAGGCGGAGUGUUCAGUAUAGCGCUGGUCCAGGGUGAAUGGAUGGUGGUGGUGUGCGGUCAGCUGGACAGGGAAAAACAGGACUUCUAUCUACUCAACAUCACCGCCAGCGACGGCCUCUACAUCACCCGUACUGCUGUGGAGGUCACUGUCAUGGACGCCAAUGACAACACACCUGUCUGCAACCAGGCGGUCUACCGCGUGACCUUCCCUGAGGACAUGCCCCCUAACCAGGGCAUUCUGACUGUAGGGGCAUCUGACGCAGACACAGGCACCAGCGCUGAGAUACAGUAUUCUCUUUUUGGGAUCGGAGUGGAGGACUUCUAUAUGGACGCAAACACUGGUGACAUGAAGACAGCGACGGUGAUGGAUCGUGAGAUGACCUCCAGCUACAAGUUGAUCGCCCAGGCAACCGACGGGGGCGGGCUCUUCUGUCGCUCCGAGGUCUCUGUCACGCUUUUGGAUGUAAACGACAACCCGCCCUCCUUUCUUUCCAGCCAAUACCUGGCCAACAUUUAUGAGAACGCCGCCCCCAAAGCACUGCUGACACGCCUACAAGCCAGUGACCCUGACGAAGGUCCAAACCGUACGGUGGUGUACUCCCUGGUAGACUCCGCAGACGGGUUCUUCUCUAUAGAUCCAGUAUCAGGCGUGGUGGUUCUGGAGAAAGCCCUGGACAGAGAGACCAGAGACUCCUACAGGGUCAGGAUCCAGGCCUCUGACCGCUCCGGACUGCAGGGGGCGCUAUCCUCACAGGUGGAUCUGACAGUAGUGGUGUUGGACGUCAACGACAACCCCCCGGUGUUCCAGAGGCGUGACUACACCGUCACCGUGCCCGAGGACGUUGCCAUGGGAACAGAGAUCCUGCGGCUGUCGGCCACCAGUGACGACAUUGGGGCAAACGCUGAGGUCACGUACAGCAUCAGGGCUGGCAACGAACUGGGGAAGUUUCACAUUGACAGAACUCUGGGCUCCAUCUCAGUAGUUGAUGACAUGGACUUUGAGGUGUGUAAGGACUACUUCCUGACUAUAGAGGCUUGGGACGGUGGGGCCCCGCCCCUCAGCACUGCUACCAUGGUAACCAUAGAACUGAUGGACGUCAACGACAACGCUCCAGCCUUCAGUCAGGAUAUCUACAACGUGCUGGUCAGCGAGGACGCAUCAGUCGGACAGACUAUCACCAGGUUGCUAGCGGAGGACCUGGACAGCCAGGUGAACGGGCGAAUCACUUACUCCAUCCUCCGUGGUGACCGUGGCAACCAGUUCUGGAUCGACCCGGUAACGGGACUACUCAAAGUCAACAAGAGACUGGACCGGGAGGAGGUCUCCAACUAUACUCUGUCUGUCCAGGCGUUUGAUAGUGGUUCCCCCGCCAUGUCCUCUACAGUCAUCGUCAACAUAGAUAUCUCUGACGUAAACGACAACCCUCCUGCCUUCGCCCCACCUAACUCCUCAACCACUGUACAGUUGAACCAGCCGGCCGGGUCCAGUCUGCUGAAGCUGUCCGUCACUGAUAAAGAUUCCCCCAAUAACGGCCCUCCUUUUGAGUUCCGCAUUGUGUCUGGAAACGAGGGGAACGCUUUCUCUGUGGAACAGACCGGAGACCUACGGUCCAACCGUGUUCUAGGACCUGAUGCUACCAGGGAGUUCACUCUGCAGGUCCAGGCCAGUGACAGCGGUAAGCCCCGUCUCUCCUCCUCUUGCUGGGUCUUCGUCAGGGUAGUCGGAGACAGCCAGUACAGACCCUCUGUCAACCCAUUGGACAUCUACAUCGUCACGGCAACAGACUCCUAUCCCGGCGGCCCGAUCGGCCGGAUAUACGCCUCCGACCGCGAUGUCACAGACGUGUUGUCCUUUACCCAGACGCCUUUGCAGCAGCGGAAUCCAUUCAAGAUCAACAGGCAGGACGGCAGUGUAGUGGCCGUGGCUGGACUGGAGCCUGGCAGGUACACAUGUAACACCACUGUGAGUGACGGUCGCUACUCUGUCCCAGUGGUCGUAACGGUCGUGGUUGAACAGGUGACUGAGGAUCUCCUCCGUAGCGCCAUCACCCUGAGGUUUUCCUCGCUGACCCCUGAAGACCUGCUGGGGCGUCAUCUUAAUAAUAUCAAGCAGAGGCUGCGUGGCGUAGUCGGCUGGGGUUCGUCGUCGCUAGAGCAACAACAGGACCCUCUGCACAUUCUCGGUGUGCAGCCGAUGUCAGAGGGCAUCGACCUACUCCUGGCCAUGGAGAGACCAGAGGGGGAAGGAGAGGGUGGAGGGUACCUAACCUCACAGGAGCUGAUCCUCAGGAUGGGGGAGGCAGGAGGGCAGCUCCAGGGUGUCCUGGCCGGGGCGGAGGUGCUGGCACCAGCCUGCUCGGGGGAGCUUGACUGUGGGGACAGAGUGUGUGAGCAGGCUCUGGUGGUGGAGGGUGGAGCAAUGGUCACCUACAGCACCCCGACAGUCAGCUUCAUCACCCCACGAUACAGCCGCAUGGAGACAUGCACCUGCCCAGGAGGUACCUGUCCCAACCCCGUAGAGGAGCAGUGUGAGGGACAAUCCUGUCCUAUAGACAUGCAGUGUGUUCGUUCCAGCCCCACAGCGCCCUCUGUCUGCCAGUGUCUGCCUGACAGGAUGGACCAGUGUGCAGGCCAGACAUCUCUGAGUUUCUCAGGUAACAGCUAUAUAAAGUACAGGGUGAAAGAAGGAGGCCAGGGAGGAGGAGGAGAGAUGAGACUGGGUCUAAGCAUCAGAACAUUACAGAGUAGAGGAGUCAUCAUGUACACACGGGCCAACCCCUGCACCAUGCUGAAGAUCGAAAGUGGUCGUCUGUGGUUCCAGCUGGAUUGUGACAACACGCUGGGCAUCAUGGGUAUCUCCGGCAGACCAAUCAACGAUGGGCGCUGGCAUGCCGUGACGUUGGAACUCACCAGCAACUAUACCCUCCUCUCAUUGGAUGACAGCUAUGUGGAACGCCGUAGGGCCGCUGGAGCGCCCGUCCGACUCUGGCCCCUCGCUCCGGAUCCGUCCUUCUUCUUCGGUGCCCAAGUCAGACCUCCAACUUCCAAUCCCGGGGAGAGGGGACCGGGUCCCGGGGAGAGGGGAAUGAGGGGUCCGCCCCGGGCCGAGGAUGGGUUUCAGGGGUGUCUGAGGUCGCUGGUGCUGAAUAGUAACGAGCUACCUCUCCAGAACAAGAGGAGUCGCUAUGCAGAGAUAGCUGGCCUUAGUGAGGUGAAGCUAGGCUGUGUACUCUACCCUGACCCCUGUGUGACCCAGCCCUGUCUCAAUGGAGGAACCUGUAAACAACUGCCCUCUGGUGGUUUCAGGUGUAGUUGCAGUAUGAGGUACACUGGAGGUCGCUGUGAGGAGGAGCUGACUUCGUGUCUACCAAACCCCUGUCAGAACGGAGCAGACUGUACAGCUGGAGACACAGCGUUCGUCUGUGGUUGUCCCCGGGGUCUCGCUGGACUCAUAUGUGAUGAGGAUGUGAACGAGUGUGAGCGUGAGGAGUGUGAGAACGGAGGAGUGUGUAUGAACACCUUUGGGGCGUACUAUUGUAACUGUUCCUAUGGUUACGAGGGCCAGUUCUGUGGAGAGAGGAGCCUACUGGAACCAGACCCUGACCUACAGGAGCCUCUCUCCUACGUGGGUCCAGUAGAGAUCAUCGGAAUCGGAGUCCUGAUCUUCGUCAUCUCCCUCCUCCUCCUCCUCUACAUUAUCUUCAGGAAGAAGAUCAGGUUCCAGAGGAAGGACUCCGACAGUGGUUUCAGCCAGGAUGGAGGAGGGGCAAAGGAGGGUGUGGCGGUGGGUGGGGUCGGGACGGGGGUGGGCAUGUCUGCUGUAUCCGUGGAGACCAGCUACCUGCUGACAAAGACGGGGAUGGGGUCAGAAGGCAUCGAGUUCAAAGCCGUACGUGUCGCUGCCGACCCCCGACCGCCCGGCACUGCCGAGGUCAGCGUCGGUAGUUAUGGCGACAGAGAUGGAGGUCUAGGUGGAGGUGUGGUGACAGGUGGAGGGGUGGGUUUGGGGCCUCCUCAGGUGAUGGUACGGCCAACUACACACCCGACGACGAUGCUACCUGGUUGGCCUGGCAACAACAACAACCUAGCAAUGAGAGGUAUCGAUGGCGAUAACAUGGCUACCAGCGAGAGCUCUCUCUCUACCAGUCAGAUGAGCAGCUUCUUGUCGUCUGAUUCCUCGCAUCACAUCCUGGGCGGUGCUAGUAGAAGGGGCGUGGCCGUGUGUAGUGUGGUGCCCAAUCUCCAGCCCCUAUCGCCCUGUCACUCAGAACGAAACCCCGCACAUAAAGCUCCCUGGGAGAGGCAGGGAGAGAGGGAUGGAAGAGAGGAGGAGUGGGAGCAGAGAGCAUAUGAACUGGAGAGAACUCAGAGAGCCAGCUCUCCUCUUGACUCCAGUAACUGUCCUCUCACACGAGAUGUGUUCUCUACACUAACUGUAGACUCCAGUAACUGUCCUCUCACAUGA